GAUGGUUUGCCCUUUUUAGAAAUGAAUGCUAUUCAAAGUUCUAUCGACGAUGAUUUAAGAAAGAUAUCGGUCGAAUUAAUGUUCAAACCAGAUCGUCAAAUUAUUAACUAUCAAGCCUCUGAAAGAAAUAAUUUGCACGCCAAAAAACACACUUUAAAGCAUAAACUUGCUGGAGCUGUAACAAUAGCCAGUGCUGCAUUACCUGUAUUUUGUUUGCCUUUCAUAGGAAUUCUAGUAUUACCUCUAUUACCUCUAUUACCGUUAAUGUACAUCGGUUGGAAACAAGGUGCCCAACUUUUAGGUGAGCCAGAAAUUCGUGGAAAGCUCAAUCAAAUUAUAAAAGAUGCAUUAGCUGCUUAUGAUGAAGGAGAUUAUCAAAAAUUUUUCAAUUUGCUUUCUGAAGAAUACAAAAAGGAUACAAGUCUCAUAAAAUUAAAAAAGCGUUAUGACAAUAUUAAUCUUGAAAGUAUAAUAGAUCCACUUUUAAGUCACGGUUUUAGAUCUGAUGGCAUCGCCUAUUUGUUAAAUUUGAUAGGUGAGGUGUUAAGUAGCGGCAAAAUAAAAAUUCCGGGCAUAGAUAGAACACAAAAUGAUUUACAUGAGAUGGGGAAACAUGUUUUUGAAGGUGUGCUAAGCGAAAAACUUCUGAAAGAAGCUAGAAUAUUGGAUGAUCGCAUUCAUGCAUUACGAAAAGAUGAUCUUAAAAGCAAGGCUAAAAGUGCUAUCCAGAAUGCCAUAGACAGUUUAUUUAUUAACUCGUAUAGUGAAUUAGCAAAAGAAUAUAUAGAUAAAGAAGACAAAGACGACGCCCAAAAAAUGCCCUUUCAAUCAAGAUUAGAGGAAAUGCGCAAUAUUGCAAGACUUAAUCUCGCAAUUUUUGAUAUAUUGAAUACUGACAAGGAAGCAUUUACGAAAGUAAGCAACACUAUUAAAGAAAUUAGAGAAUCAAUAAGCAAUAAUUAUCAAUUUUCUGGUUCAACCGAAUCACGCCUCGAAGUUUUAGAAGAUUUUUUGUGGAUUAUGAGCGGUGAAGUGCCUAGAACUCCUUCAGUUUAUUUUAUAAAAUCGGCUGAAGAACGAUCAACCGAAAAACGUGAUAAAAAAUACAUUGAAUAUUUAAAAGAAAAAUUACAAAUGGUAUUCGACGAUAACGAAAGAAUCGGUCUUCAUACUAAAUUGGCAGACUGCCUUGUGAAAUUGGCCGAAGAAGAAUGUAAAGUCUACUUGUUAAACAGCUUAAGUUACUGGCAAGAUGCUCAAGAGCAUUAUGAAAAAGCACGUGAAAUAGACCCCAAGAAUCAAUAUGCAACACUUGGUGUUGCAAAAUGCCUAUUAAAUUUAACACAAUAUAAUCGGCUUAUAAAAUUUCUUGAUACAAGCCCAGAUUUAACUUCAUCGGCCGAGUAUUGGAGAUUCUGUAGUAUCGCUUAUUGUAAACAAACAGAAUACGACAAAGCUACGGAAUUUAUUCUUGAAGCAUUGAAACUAGAUCCUCAAAGCAUCUUAGCUAUGAAACAGAAGGAACACCUUGAUAGACUAAGAGUAAACCGUAAUGAUCGUAUUAAUCAUUAUAAUAAAAAAAUAUUUGACCUAGAUAACUUAAUUAAAAAUUCACAUCAUGGUAAUGAUGAAUCAAUUUACAGAAUUCUCUCGAUUGACGGUGGUGGUGUGCGCGGCAUAUUACCAGCCUUAUGGCUCAGUGAACUAGAAUAUCGAGCACGCAGGCCCAUUUCUCAACUAUUUAAUAUGAUAGCUGGAACCUCUACAGGUGGAAUUAUUGGUGCAGGGCUUUCAAUGCCGCGUCAGGAUUUAAGCUUAAAGUCACCUCUAUUGGCUACAGAUUUAUUGGAAUUAUAUCAAAAUCAAGCAAAAUCCAUGUUUACUGGUGCAUCAUGGAAUAUCUUUGCAGCAACAAAAUAUACGGAUGAAGGACGUUCUUUAAUAUUUAACAAAUAUUUUGGAAAAAUCUGUUUAAAUGAAUCACUCACUGAGUUGGUUAUUCCUGCAGUAAACAAAGACAACAUGCAAUUACACUUGUUUACACGCCAUAACUCAGUUAAUGAUAAGUCAAAUGAUGCACUUUUUGAUAUUCUAAUGGCUACAACUGCUGCACCCACUUUUUUCUCUCCUUACAAAAUGAGAAAUAAGGGCAUUUUCGUAGAUGGAGGUGUACAACUUAAUAAUCCUGCACUUACGGCUUACAAUGAGGCCUUUAAAUAUAAUAAAAAUGUUACAGUGCUUUCUUUGGGUACAGGUAGUUAUAUACCUAAUCCUUUGAAUCCUGAUUUAUAUUAUGACCGACUUUUUUGGACGAAAAAUCUAUGCAAUGUUACACAAGAAUAUAAUGUUGAUCGUACGAUGUACACUAUGCUGGGAGAUUGUUAUCAACGAUGGCAAGUUUUGUUAGACAAACCCGUAGCAUUUGAUGAUUACAAUAAUAUUUCUCAUCUCUUAGAAUUAGGACACCAAUAUAUUGAAGAACUCGAUGCUUCAGAUGAAAAUCCUCUAAAUGCAUUAGUAGAAUCUUUCUUUUGA